GCAAGAACCAUGGCGGCGGUACUAUUGGCGAAGUUGUGUUUUCGCUGUGUCGUACGCUUUUCUGACCGAGAGUACGUGCGCUGAAGGAAACAAAACGACGACAAUUGAUCGGCGAGAAAAAUGAACCAUUGCAGUGAAUCUAGCGAUGACCUGGAUGAAGGCGAUGAAGAGGCGUCUUCUUUGCAAGAUGGAACAAACAUUGAGGAUGCCUUAACAUCUUUCAGGGAACAGUGGCAGCGAGAGUUGACAAUAUCACCCAAGCGUGAUAUAGCAAGAACACAUUCACCAAAACAGCCUAGCAUUGAAGUCGCAAGCGAUGAAGCCUCUAUUGAAAGCAGGGCAAAGAAUUUAUUUCUCAAAGGUAUUGAACAUGAACAAAGCAGAAAGUUUUAUGAGGCAAUUCAAUUUUAUAAGCGUGCGGUACAACUGGUUCCUGAUAUCGAAGUCCGUUUGUAUGAAUCGACCAAAGCAAAAACAAGAGACAGAUUUGAUGCUGAUGACAAACUUGAUACACUAGACAAUGAUUACUCAACUAGCAAUGACAGCGAAAAUUAUAAUGAAGUGGAUGAAGAAGAAACUGACUUGUAUCUAAAAUUGUCUAAAAUUGUAAAUCGCAAUCAAUGUGUAUGUUUCCCAAAAUUUGAACAAAGUACAACGCAUAUAUCUGCUUUGCCAAUGGAGAUAGUGCUUUACAUUCUAAGAUGGGUUGUGUCCUCUGAUUUAGAUUUUGCAUCAUUGGAAAUGUUCUCAAGAGUAUGUCGCGGAUUUUACAUCUCUGCGCAAGAUGCGGAAAUCUGGCGAUUGGCGUGCGUCAGAGUAUGGGGUGUGAAUUGCGGUACUUGCGAGUCGAAAUAUCAAUCGUGGAGAGAUAUGUACUUGCAACGGCCUAGAUUAAGAUACAACGGAUGUUAUAUCAAUAAAACAAGUUAUAUUCGUGAUGGAGAAAAUAAUUUUCAAGAUCAUUUUUAUAGACCAUGGCAUCUCGUUGAGUAUUUCCGGUACCUGAGAUUUUUUCCUGAAGGAAGAGUUUUAAUGUUGACAUCGACUGAUGAGCCUCAAAAUUGUGUAAAUUCUUUACGAAACCGUGUACCACGCAAUACAUCAGUUCUAAUUGGUCACUAUAGAUUACAUAAUAAUUAUGUUACACUGGUGCUAAAAAGACAAGAAACUAAAGGAAUUAAUUUCACCUAUAGACGAAAAAAAAGAGAGUCAGUGCAUGACAGUGGCGAACAAACAUUUCAUAUUGAAUUCGAGAUACGAAAACAUCGUAGAAGAAUAAAUUCGCAAUUAAAGUGGAUCAGUUAUAGUAUUUUCACGAAAUAUAAAAACGGACAAGAGGCAAAAAUUUGCUUAAAGGAACCAUCUGUAAGAGAAUUUGGAGCGUCGCCACAUAUCGGCAGCAGAUAUCCACCUCUUAAAUUCAGCAGGUCAAAGAGUUACACUCAGGAAAGUGAAGCUCCAUUGCAAUGAUGAGAGUAGCAACAAAUGAAUUGUAUGAAUCAUAAGAGUACAACUUUGAAAUAUUCUAGCAGGAAAGAAAUAGUGAUUUGCAGCAAAUUGUAUAAACAUGCAAAAAUCUAAUUUCAAUUAACUAUGUACACGUACGUUUGGACGUACUAGUGUGAAUAAUGAAUUACAUGUAGCAUAUAUUUUUGAAGAUAUUUUAUUUCUCUCGUAUCACGUUGUAUUUUUUACAACGAUUUCUAUUAGUACAUUAUACAACCUGUAAAUCACAACUAUUUUUUUAAAUAUGUUAUUUAUGUCGAUAACAACACAUUCUCAAUCACAUGGAGGUGUAAAUAAAUUAUUUAUAUAUCUAAUGUAUAAUUAU